UCACGUAGUACUUCCGGGUCGCGUUACGGUCUCUGCGUCCACGUGUAGUGUUAUGAAAACAGUGUCAGGUUAAAAAGUUCGGUUCUGUGCGCUCGCUUUGUGACGCAUAUUUGAGGGCGACACGUGAAAAGCUUUUCUCUGUAUUAUAAUAGAUAAGACAUGAGAUGGUGAAGAAGGCCAGCUGGAGUUAAAUUAAGUUAGCACAGACUCCAGGAUGCUUACUUACUGUAUCAGAAGGCGACUUAGUGUUUUCAGCCGUGUGAACUGUAACAUUUCCCCUCUCCAUGAGCUGCUGCAGUUAUAUAAACAGUACGGGAAGAGCAGUGAUGGAGGGUCUGAUCCAGCCAGUGGCAUGCUGCAGCUGUUACAGCGGCGGUUCUUCAUCCCUCCAGAUCACCAUCAUGCUGUGUCUUUACUCAAAGGCAAAACCUGUGCAUAUGGACCCUUAGGAGUGGAUCUGAAGAGGAACAUGUUAGAGCAGUGGUGGUCUGCAGUGGUCAGAUCAAGACCUCAGGUGUUUGGGAUAAGCACCCUUCAUGGGAUAGGAGCUAAGGGUGCAGGAGAGGUUGAGGAUCUUCUCAACCAAAGGGAUUUGACUAAAGAGCAGCUGGGUGAGAGAGUGAGUGAGCUUCUUCAGCAGAGACAACCUUUUCGGACCAGUCUCCUUCAAGGUGCUUUGGCGCAGUACGUCCCGUCCCUGGAGCUCACGAACAGGAAGCUGCCGUUUGGUCUGGCUGAAACUGGUCUGUGUUACCGGCCUGAAGACGGCGACUCGGAUGCAAUCGGUUGCUCUUCAGAGGUGACGGAGGCGUCGCUGACGUGGUUCUGUUCCCCCCGGACGUCCUCACAGUGGCUCGACUACUGGACACGACACAGACUGCAGUGGUGGAGAAAGUUUGCUUUAGGGCCAUCUGACUUCAGCGUGUGUGACGUUCGGGAUGACGAGCUAAACAAAAGCACGCUCCGUGGAGUGAAGGUGCUCUAUCAGUUCCCCUGGGGCACAGAGACGCUGGAAACACUGUGGAUGCUCAGUGACGCUGAGCUGCUCAGGAACCACACGGGCAGUCAAGCUGAACUACAGUGCAGAGACGGGAAGAAAAUCGUUCUGCCUCACAUCCUCUCCCUCAGUGCGAAUGUGGACAGGGGAGUCCUGGCUGUCCUCUUUAACUCCUUACAGCACAUCCAGAAAGUGGACAGCAAGCAGAGACUUCAUCAGAGAACAGUGUUGAAGCUACAUCCUACGUUAGCGCCUGUUAAAGUAGCCCUGGACAUGGGCAAAGGAUCCACCUCUGAGCUCAGACAGGUGUGUGAGGGUCUGCUUCACGAAUUCCUAGACAUGGAAAUCAGCGCCUGGCCUGGAUACAUGGACACCACGCAGUCCUCCAUGGACAAACUGCACACCAAGUAUGACGAGAUGGGCGUGCUGUUUACAGUGAUGGUUGGAGAGAACACUCUGGAGAACGGGCUCCUGCUGGUUCGCAACCGCGACACCACCAUCAGAGAGACCAUGCACAUCUCCGAGAUCAGACAGUUUAUUCUCAAAUACAUAUCGACUGCGGAAAACGUCUGAUCCGCUACUUAACAGACUAUAUUUGACGGACUUGUUGAUCCAGAAGCUUAUUGUACCCAUUCUGAUACUUUGAAAAUGAUCAGUGUUAAAUCUUUGUUACUAAAGGAAAGCUCCCCUGUAAAACAUAACAUAAAUACAUUUAUAUUAAAAUAUUCGAGAUGUGUUUGGUGA